AUGAAUCCAAAUAUGUUAAUAAAUAAAAUAAAAAAUUUAAUAAAACCAUCAUCAUUUACACACUUUAAAUAUGAAAAUAUUAAAGUUAUGAAUAAAUUUUGUAUGGAUAUUAAAAAAGCAGAUUUAAUAUAUUAUGAGAAUCAUUUUGGAAAGUAUGAUACUUCAAAACUAUUAAAAAGAGAGAAUAUAAAAUUAAAUAAUCAAUUUUGGUCAAAAAAAGACAAAUCAUUAUAUAAUUUAGAUACAAUUAAUGUUUUUCCAAUCAAUGAUGAUAAAUCAAAUUUAUUUAAAUUAUCAUCAUUACUUUUAAAACAACAACAACUAGAACAACAAUUAGAACUAAAACAAGAACAAGAACAAAAACAAGAACAAGAACAAGAACAAGAAAAACAACAACAACAACAACAACAACAACAACAACAACAACAACAACAACAACAACAACAACAACAACAACAACAACAACAACAACAACAACAACAACAACAACAACAACAACAAAAUGAAAAACCAAAAACAGAUAUAAUUUUAAUAAAUACAUCAGAUGUUAAAGAAUGUUAUUUAGAAUUUAAUGGUUUUGAAAGUAAAGAUAAUUCAAAGUUAAUUUUUAAAAAGAUUAAAGAGAUUGAAAGCCAAUAUAAAAAGGAAGGAAUACCAAUUGCCCAUAUUUUCACAGAAAAUGAUUUUUUAGCUAAUGAACUAAAGAGAAUUAAAAAAAGAGGUGAACAUUAUGAAACAAAUGAAGGUUCAAACAUUUUCUUUAUGGAAUCAAAAGAUACUGAAAAUAAAUGUAGUCAUUGUUCAAUUGGUCAAGUAAAUAAAUUGGAUGAUAAUAAAAUUAAAUUAUUAGAAAAUUCAAAUUAUAUUUUAAAAUCAAUAAAUAAUAAUAAUAAUAAUGAUAAUAAUAAUAAUAAUAAUAAUAAUAAUAAUAAUAAUAAUAAUAAUAAUAAUGAUAAUAAUAAUGAUAAUAAUAAUGAUACACAAUUAAUUAAAAUUAAUAAUGAUAACAAUUGUUUAAUUGAAUGUAAUAACUGUAAUGUAAUUAUAGAUAAACAAACAAAUCAAUUAAUUAAUAUUGCAAAGAAUUGUGAAAAAUUGAUAGCUAAAAGUAAUUAUUAUUAUAUUCCACAUUAUUUAAUUGGUUUGGUUAUAAUAAAUAAUACAAUUCUCCCAACAAUCGAUGCCAUUGGAAUGGCAUAUUUAUUUAUUAUGAUUCCAUUUUUUUUGUAUCCAUCACUUAUAGUAUCAAUUUUUGUUAUAAUACCUUUUACUGUUAUUGAUAUUCUCUCUGAUCUUAUUAUAUUAACAUUCAAAAAAAUAAAAAAAACAAUUCUAUAA